AUGUCUAUCUGCAAAUGUAGCGUCUGGCGUCCCCUCAACAAGGUUGUCUGCAAUGCGCCACUGUUGUUUUGUGAUAGACGAACGGUCCCGAAAGAAGACCUCGUCGAGGUUGACAAAGUCUUGCCUGAUAAAGUGGAGAAAUCAUACUUCCUUUAUCACCGUGACUACCACCAGUGGUACACUCUCGUUGGACAUCGAUGCGAUGAGGUGGUGGUUUUUCCAACAUGGAAGUCUGAUGACACGGGAGAGGACUUUGCUAGUUGUUGUCCGCACGGUGCAGGUGCAUCCCACACUGAUAGCUGGGCUGAUCCGCGUGAGAGUGUGGAGGUACGCCUGCUCCUUAUUAUGGACAACAGCAUGGAAGCAAAGGCAACAGCAUAGUACGGCAAGAUUCUCAACUUUUCCAUGCUUGGAUUCAAGAGAGAAGAGGAAGGAAGCAGUAGGGGACUUCCCCUGGAAGCAUGGGCCAGAAUAGGCUGAAUCUCCUUAACAGAAGGUCUAAAUGUAUCAGGCACCCAUGCUAUUAUAAGGGGUCUUCCAUCAAUAGCGUCUUGCGGGAUACUUUAACUACUCACCUGAAGUGCA